CUUCUCAGGCUGCUCACACCAUAUUAUCCAACCCACCAACAUUCGUAUUCCGACGUAUCGUGCUCCACUAUUUUACCAGACUUACAAAGUUGCACAACCCAGUUGUCAAUCAAACAGUCACCCCGAAACGCUCCUGUCGGUCGGGUCGGGUCCUGCUCCCUGAUAACAAUUCAAUUCGAAACCACAUUACGUUAUAUUCGACACACAAACAAAGCAGAAUCACCUUGAUUUACGAAAAAAAGUUUCUACUACAAGUUCAAACGAUACAUAAAUCAGAUUUGUGACGUUUUAAUUAUCACUCAUUUUAAUUACGUCAAUUAAAAAAAGUAACCUCUCUGUUAAUAAGUUUUUUCUUUACUGAUUGACAACAGUCGAGUUUUAUGUUUGUUUACAUUUUAUAAAUCCAUACAAAAAUAAAAAAGGGAGGGUGAGACGAGUCAGAUUUGGUGGAAAAAAGGAAGAAAAAAUUAUACAGACUUCUCCAGAAGUUGGGAAGGAGGCAGACCUAAACAAAUUCUUAAAUUGAUUUAAAUGUAGUCAUUCUCAACACUUUGUUUGUGGUGAACAGACAAAGUUCCGUUUAUAAUAAGUGAGCCCAAAAAAGACACCUGAGGCAAAACGUGCUUUUUUCAUUAAGAGAAGAUCCCACAUCGUGUGUAUAACAGCAUCCUCGUCGUCAUCUCAUCUCAGCACAGAUUCUCCAAAAGAGAAAACGAGCCGGCAUCACCACAUGAAGCUUUUGAUUCUACCAUAUUUGGAAAUUUGAGACGGUUGAGAAAAAAUUUUGCUCCAAAUUAAACAAGUCUUUACAUGCGUAAUAAUAAUGGGAGUCACCCCAAAAUGAGAUCCAGUCUGAUUUCGCUACUGCCAAAAUUGUAAUCCAGCAAAAUAACCUUUUUUUCGGAAGCUUGUGAAAUAAAAGGGAGGGAGAAAAAGAGGAAGGGUCUGGUGGGCCCUUUACACACAAACACGUGCUCACUCAGCUACCCUCCCUACGAAGUACGAGUCGGAGUAACUGGACCAGAAACAAUUUGUGCAACUUUGCCACAUUUCAUUUCCACGGAGUCAUUACUGGAGUGGUAGGCAGCCAGGCAGGCAGGAUAACACAACACAAAAGUAGCCUUGAAACCGUUUGACUUUUUGAUAUCAAGAAAUCUCUGGUUGGCUGGAAGUUGUAGUAGUCGUCGGUUCGUGUCGUGGUUGCUUUUGGUGUUGGAUAAAAGUUAACGAAAAAUUAAUUUUUCCAAGAUUUAAUCUCUUCACAUUGUAAGCUUCAAGCUCGGCAAAGCAAACUCAUCCUGACAAACUUUUCACACAGAACUUUCUCAGCGUAUGAAGGAGCUGAUAAAAUAUAAAAUAUUUAUUUCUCUCAGACUGACACCAUUUCUUAAAAACGGAGCGUAUUGAUUGUUGUUGUCAAUCCAUUAGUGCAUGUGUCUACUACUGCGUUCCUCGGAGUGAAUAACGAAACAGUAGUAAGUCGGCCUGUUCACAUAAUUGGAUGAGAGCCACCAGCGUUGAUUUUGAGAGUCUCAAAAAAAUUCAAUUAAGCCCAAUGAAAUCCUCUUGUCUCAUAAAUUUCAUGUAGACGAAGAGAAGAAGAAUUUUUUCUAGCUUGCCAAACACAACUCAACAUUCUGAUUAUUCAAAAUCUCAGUUUUCUUCCAGAACUAGUUUUCUUCUGUGGAGCCGUGGUAAAAUAAUAUCAUCACUGUAAAAAUAAAAUUAUCGCAAAUUUUGCAAAUUAUAAGUAUGACAAAUAUCUAAAUAAGCCAAAAAAAUCACGAUCAUCACGAUGACAUCAAUCAUCAUUCUCUUGGACCUGCAUAGUUUAGCGUGGUUUGAGUGAGAUUCUACAAAUAUAAUUAAAACUACUACAAAGUCUUAAUUAAUAAAUCAUAGUGACCGAACUGGAUUUAAAAAAAGUCGGACUGAAUAAAAUUGUCACUAAAUAAAAAAUGUUGUUCACAUGUGUCCGUGAAGGGGUCGGCCCAGUCUCAUCCGAAGCGAGUAGUUGUGGACGGAUGAACAUGAUGAACGGGUCAAUAUACGGGGACGAGAGUGUCGGCGGUGGGGGUGGUGGCGGCGGGUCGGGUUCGAACACAUCCUCCACGACACCAAUCUCCUCCACGACGUCGCCCUACAAUAACAACAACAACAACAACUCGAUCGUGAAAUGUGAGUCAUCCCCGUUGUCGAACGGGUCUCAUGGUCAUAAUGGUCACGGUGGUGGUGGAGGUCCACUCCACAUCCCUGCCAAGCGACUGCUAAACUCUUCCUCUUCUGCGUGCGGACCUGCUUCAUGCACCCUUACUCCCUAUCCGACAGCCCACUCCAACCAAGGUCCACCCGCCUGGCCCAGCUACCCGGGCUCCCUCCCAGUCGACUCAUCCCUCGGAAGUGGUGGAUCCGGUUCAUCUGCCGGAUCUGGGCACCAACCCUCCUCCUUUGACACCCCCUACAGUUCUCCGAUGGGGUCGUCAGCCGCCGCCACGGCAGCCGCGGCCGCCUACUAUACCGCCUCUGCGGGUGGGGGCGACCGGAAGCAUGGUCACCAUGGGCUGGCCUUCUGGCCGAAUGAGUACAAGUACCCGGGGGAUUGUGGCGGGGGUGCGUUCGGUGCUCAGAGCUGGUGUAACCCGUACCCUUACGCGGCCCGUGUCCCUAGUCAUAUGGACACUCAUGGGGCUUAUCUCAACCCGGCCUCGAUCUCGGCGGUGGCUGCAGCAGCAGAACAGGAUCGGAGGGAUCAGUCCUCCUUCCAUGACACGUAUGGCGCACUAAGAAAUCCAUAUGGCGGGGCUGACAUUGCGGCGAGUCCUUAUCCUCCUCCAGGCGUCCCCGUGGGGUCAAACCCGUUGGAAUGGACGGGCAACGUGACGGUGAGGAAGAAGAGGAAGCCAUACUCAAAGUUUCAAACGUUAGAGUUGGAAAAAGAGUUCCUCUUCAAUGCCUACGUCUCAAAACAGAAAAGAUGGGAACUUGCCCGCAACCUCAACCUUACUGAGCGACAGGUCAAAAUUUGGUUUCAAAAUAGGAGGAUGAAGAACAAGAAAAAUAGUCAGAGACAGGCGGCGCAACAGGCUGCGAACAAUUCCGGUUCUCACGCUCAAGACCAUCACCACGGCCAUCAUCAAAAACAUUAAGACGAAGAAGAAGAAGUAGAAGAUCCUCCUCCUCCCACACAAACCAAAUCAACCUUCUUCUCUUCUCUCUCUUUCUCUCUAAGUUUGUAACAAUUCUAGUUGUUCAAUCAAAAUGUAGAUUAAUUUUUUAUCUAAUAACCAUGAGUCCGUCAAUAUUGCGACAAAAAUCCAACUUUCAUCACUACCAGGUAAAUAAAUACAUAAGGGUGAUGCCGCGGAAGAGAAAGUUGUCCUUGUGUUGAGUAAGAAAAACAGACAAACAAAUAGUUGUGUAAGUUUUAUGCUUGAUUCUGAUGAAAAAAUCAAAACCAAAAAAUUAGUAAUUUUUUCUCUCAUUCUUCUUCAACAGCAUAAAUAAAAGUUGGGGAGAAAGGGGAAGAGAUUACUUAAAUUUAAUAAUGAAAUGCAUAAUAAUGAGUCAGACAAACUUACUUUUACUAGAAAUUUACAGGUCUUAAUAGCAAUCCAGAGUUAGUAAAGAUAGGUUUUAAAACAUUUCCAAACGAGUCCAUCAAGACAUGACGACGUAGAUUUUUCGACACCAUUAUUUAUCCAAACAAUACUAAAAAUGCUAAAAAUCUUGCCAGGACGUAAAUUGACAUCACCUAAAAUUUUGGGCGAAUAUAAUUGGCUAAAUUGCACAUUUAUUUCAUUGGCGCUAAACUAGGAGAAAAAUUUUACAAUUAUUUUCGCGUCCAAUAAUCAUCUUUGCAAAUUUUACCCUAAAUUUGAUCCAAAUUCGUCUUGCAUGUCUUCGAACAAUGUUUUAUCCACUAUUUACUAGUAAAAAGUACUACAUACAUAUUUACAUACAUAAAUAUCUCUCUACUACAGAAAAUAGUACCAAUUUUUAGGGUUAAAAAAUCAAUAAAUGUUUGAUCUCAUCAGUAUUAUUUCAACUUGCAUAAUUCAUGCUUUAUACUUACGCUAGGCUUAACACUUUUAUAAUAAUUAUACAUAAUUAAUAUUACAUACCUGUGACAAAGAAUGUAUCUAAAAAUAAUUGUAUCGUUGCGUUGUGUGUGCAUAGCUUUAAUAACAACGAAAGAAAAACAAGGGAGAAACAAAAGGACGAGGGUUAAUAAUUUUUAUUAUUUUAUUAUUUCGCAUUAUCAUUCGGAACUUAAUAUUUUAUCGGGAUUCUUCACAUUGUAAAUGAAUAAGGGGCGACUUGAUACUCUGAUUUCCCAUUGUUUUACCUGCACUUGAUCAAUCCGUAAUAAUAAUUUUUAGCAUUACAUUAAAUUCUGCUCUCUCUCCACGAAUUAUUAAUAUUAUAAUUUUAGCAUAAUUCCGAAACCACCCAGAUUUUAGUUUUCUACACUAAAAGCAAAAAAACCAGUCUGAUUUAUUGCCCCGAAAGCAUAUCCUCACCUCGUUAGAUUUUUCUAUCCGGCAAUUAUUUAUCAUUUUAUUACUUCUCUCUCUCUCUGAUGAUAAGUGGAAUAUAACGAUGCGCUAAAACAAGGCAAUUACGUUCAUUAAUCACAAACUUUGUGUACCCAUAGACCUCUGUGUGCAAUUUUAAUUGAAAAAGUGUAGCAGUGGGCAAUAUAUAAUAUCCUUUAUAUAAAGAAAAAUGGUUGUUUUUCCGUGCUGUGCAACUCUCAUUAAUUAGCGGUGGCUAUAAACAGUGUUUUAUCCUGAUCAGAAAUACACACAAGUGUAUUAUUGAAUUAUAGUUAUUCACUCCUUCCGUCGACCACCAAGUUUACCUUGAACGCUACAAAUUCACCGUGUUACAAAAAUUUUAGAUAUUCCAUUGCAAAUUGUUUUAUUUAUUAUCAGUUAUUAUUGGCACGAUCAGAUUUGAUUUUCUCCUACCUCAACAGAAAUAAAUCCAAAUGCGUAUAAAUAAAAUACGCAUGAAACAAUUGAGAUUUUUUAAAUUAUUGGAUGCACUGACUUCCCAUCACAGUAUCUUAACGGCCCAGGCUAAAUUGAUAAUUAAGAUUAGUAGCGUAAAAAAGUCCUAAUAACUUAAAUCAGAACAUAACCUUUUGUAUGGUCUCAUCACCUGUAUCUCUUUAACUGUCGUGUGUGUCUAUGUAUGUGCACGGUUAUCUUGUAACUAGUUAGGUACAUAAAUUGCGUAUAUGUGACAAAAUUGGGGCAAUGAGCGAUAAAUGAAUUUAUUUGCAUAAAAAGUAAUUGAUUCUUCAACUUCCUCCUCCUACUAAACACUAAAUAUGAAGCUAAUUAUUACUAAUAAUUAGUAACAAAUUAUUAAUGAUGACGAGUAAAAAGGUACAUAUUAAUUAUGGAAAAAGUCAAGUUUUUUAAGAGAAACUUUGUGUUCCGUUUUUUGAUUUUUGCUGCUCUGCUACUACUGUAUUACUACAAAGAUAUGUAGCAUAUACAAAUAAGUAAAAAUUUAUAAAUUCACGUGUAGUUUUUCAUGUACAUAAUGUUUUUAUUGGAGAAUGAAAUAAAUGCUGGCUGCUGCUGCUGCUAUUGCUGGUGGAACUAAAAAGUAAGUAAGUGACGAUGCGAGAUUGAUUAAUUAUUAUGAUGAUGAUAUAGUCGUGUUUCGUCAUGUGCUAGUGAGAAGUUGUUAAUAUUAUAGAAUAAAAAUAGGUAAUUAAAGUAAUAGACUAAAUAUAUCGUUAGAAUCAUGAGUCUGUAUUUUACUGUACUUUGUAUGAAAAUUUUUGCCAUUUACUUUUAGUAUUGAUUAAUUUAAUUUAACAUAGAUCUAGUUUAAACUCAUCAUCUUGUGAAUAAUAUAAUUAUUAUGUGGAAAUUGUGUAAAAGCGAGCAAGCAAGAGUUAGCAUGUAAGACAAAAAAGUCGUAAGUUUAGCUUAAGUCCACCUCAAGGAGAAUUAUGAGAAUGAUUAUUUACUGAAAGAAUAAAGCUGAUCAUUCGUUAUUGUCAGAACCAUA